UUUCCAAUGAAUGAUUAAACACCAAUAAAGGAGAUUGAUCUUAAUAAACAAUCAUGGACUAGUCCUAAAGACAAAAGCGAUCGAGUAUAUAUUCAUAACAAUAUGAAAAGUUCAUCCCACGCAAUGUUCAAUCUAAUCUCUAUCAAUUAUUUAUGAGUGAAGAGAAUUCUCAAGGCAAUACUUAUAAUAAUCUUCUCUAAUCUUCAAUAUUGGGAAAAUCACCAGCUAUAAAUUAAAAGCUUUUUAAUUACAAAACAGAAAAUAAACAAAAUGAAAUGAAUAAGAUUAUUAAUAAUGGAUUAAAUUUCUCUACUACUCCAACAAAAGUGGAACCUGAAAAACCUCUACGUAAAAUUAAUAAGAGACCAUACAAAAUACUAGAGGCUGAAAAUUUAUAAGAUGAUUUUUACCUCAAUCUUUUAGAUUGGUCACCAUUUAAUGCAUUAGCAGUAGGACUUGAAAAUUCAGUUCUGAUAUGGUCAGGACAUACUUCAAAGGUUUCUCGGUUAUGUACACUUGAAGAUCCUGACAUGGUAUGUAGUGUAGCAUGGUCUCAACGCAAUCAACAUCUCUCUGUUGGAAAUACAAUGGGUGAUGUUGAUGUCUGGGAUGUAGUAAAAUAAAAAGUUAUUAGAAAAUGGAGUGGACAUUAAGGUAGAAUUGGAUCAUUAGCAUGGAAUAAUUAUUUAUUAGCUACUGGAAGUAGAGAUAGAAACAUAUUAGUUAGAGAUGUUAGAUGUCCUAAUGAAUCUAUUUAGAAAUAUGUUGGACACAAGUAAGAAAUUUGUGGAUUAAAAUGGUCAUUUGAUGAACAACAAUUAGCAUCAGGAGGAAAUGAUAAUAAGUUAUUUAUUUGGUCUUUGAAGAACUAAGGAGAAUUAACUCAUUUUUCACAACAUUAAGCAGCUGUUAAAGCAAUUGGUUGGUCACCUCAUUAACACAAUAUUGUUGCUUCUGGUGGAGGUACUGCAGACAGAUGCAUUCGAUUCUUUAAUACUUAAACUAUAGAAUAAGUGGAAUGUAUAGAUACUGGUUCUCAAGUUUGUAAUUUAAUGUUUUCUAAAAACUCAAAUGAAUUAGUUUCAACUCAUGGCUAUUCCUUAAAUUAAAUAAUUGUUUGGAAUUAUGCUAAUAUGUCGAAAGUUGCUACAUUAACCGGUCAUACUUAAAGAGUUUUAUAUUUAAGUGGUUCACCUUGUGGAUAAAAUAUUGUUACUGGAGCAGGUGAUGAAAGCCUUCGUUUUUGGAGUGUAUUCCCAUCAUCUACUUCAAAAAAUAAUCAUGGGAUUACUAGAGCAGAAACAAUUGACUUAAGAUGAUU